AUGGCGACCGGCGCCCCUAUGUACAACUUCACCACCCUGAUCAAGCGGUAUGUUCCAAGGCUCCUUUCCCUAUCCUCAUACCGUCCACCCUGCAUCAAGAGAUAUGGCCAUGGCGGUGGAAGGACCCAGCUCACCAAAGAGCAUGAGCAUCCCUACACCUCCAGCGCCGGCGCUCCCGGCACCCCCAAGCUGGCACCUUCGCCAGCCGCUCCAGCAACGGACCCCAUUCCGCCGCAGAUCCAAGACUUCGACGCACUGAUCAAGAACGAUGUCCAGAACUUCGUAAACCUGGGAGAGAAGAUUGGUGGAUUGGUCGCGGAGCAGUCGAAAGCAGUCCUGCAAGCAUUCCAAGCCGAGCGCACCUAUCUCUACGUCUCGACAAAGGCCAAGAAGCCCGAGCCCCAGCCGCCAGAGCUGAUGACGGACUUGCACAAGGCGUCGGACAGCAUUAACAACAUUCGGGAGUCCAACCGAGCGUCGCCGCUGUUCAACCACUUAAGCGCUGUUGCAGAGGGAAUCGUCGCCCUGGGCUGGUUCUUCGAGAUGAAGCCCGCGGCAUUCGUGCAGGAUAUGAUGGGUGGAAUCGAAUACUACGGCAACAAGGUGCUGAAAGAAUACAAGGAGAAGGAUCGUACGCACGUCGAGUACAUCCAAGCAUACUAUCAGAACUUCAAGGCUCUCGCGGCUUACCUCUUAAAACACUACCCCAAGGGUCUGACGUGGAACGACGAGUCCGGAAUUGAUGCGCUGGACGCCUUGAAGCAGAUCCAGGGUGGAGGAGCUUCCCCAGCUCCCCCAGCUCCACCUGCUGCAGCAGGCGGCGUGCCUCCGCCGCCUCCCCCUCCACCUAUGCCAUCUCUCAACGUGCCUGGAGGUGGUGGCCCACCGCCUCCCCCUCCGCCACCUGGAGCGGCAUCCGCACCGGAUAUGGCAGCGGUGUUCGACCAGCUCAACCAAGGCGAGGGUAUCACAUCGAGCCUGCGCAAGGUCGACAAGUCAGAGAUGACGCACAAGAACCCCAGCUUGCGCGCGGGCUCGACGGCACCAGAUCGCUCGAGUUCAGUCCGGGGCAAGUCCCCGGCGCCGAGUAAGAAGCCCAAGCCCGAGAGCAUGCGGUCGCGCAAGCCGUCGCGCAAGGAGCUGGAGGGCAACAAGUGGCUCGUCGAGAACUUCGAUAACCCGGGCGAGAUCGUUGACAUCAGCGCGCGGCAGAACCACUCGAUCCUGAUCUCUCGCUGCAACAAGACCAUCGUCAAGGUCUCGAACAAGGCCAACGCCAUCGCCAUCGACAACUGCAAUGGCCUCUCUAUCAUUGUUGACUCGCUCGUCAGCAGCCUCGACGUCAUCAAAUGCCCCAACUUCGCGCUGCAGAUCGACGGCUUCGUCCCCACCAUCCUUAUGGACCAGGUCGAUGGCGCGACUGUCUAUCUGGGCCAGCAGAGUCUCACCACGGAGGUGUUUACUAGCAAGUGCGCCGCUGUCAAUAUCAUGCUCCCGCCCAAGGAAGGUACCGAUGACGAUACGAAGGAGUGCCCUGUUCCCGAGCAAAUCAAGAGCUACGUCAAGGAUGGUGUGCUGGUCAAUGAGAUUGUCGAGCAUGCUGGGUAG